UACGGAAAAUUUAUCGGCACAUCCGCGAAGUUCAGUGACAUCAAGUUUUUCUCGCAGGUGGAAAUUUCUUGUUUUCAGUACAAAACCUUCAUCAGAGACUCCGCCACGACAUGGAAUCCAAUUCAGAGAGUAAUGAGCUAUCGAAGGACUUCAAGGAGAUUUGCCUGAAGUUGAAUAUGGACGCAGAAACGGAAGAAAGGGCUUGGUCAAGUUAUACGAGCAUUCGGGACAACUACACCCUCGAGGGAGAUCCCCUUCAUUGGCUCUGCUGUGCCCUCGUUAUUGCUUGCCGGGAUUCCUAUACUCGAACAGUUGGGAGUCAGAAUAAUCUUGUGCAGGGAAAUUGUGUGUCUCUCUCAUCUGUCCUCCGGAAUUGCAAUACAGGUUUCCGUGAUUUUUUCGAUAAAAUCAAAACAUGGUGCGAUAUGGCAUCCGUUCCGGAAGUCACACGCAAGAGAUUUGAGCGCCUAAACGACAGCUUCACUGUGUCCAGUGUGGUGUACAAGAAGUUUGGUCCACUCUUUCAGCAAGUAUUCAAUUGCCCACCAAACGAGGAGGCUCGCCACGGGAAGAGCAAGAAGGCAAAGAACGUUCCUUGUAGUGCUGUGAAACUCUUUGAAUUCGCAUGGAAACUCUACGUGUGCGUGCGUGCUGAGGAACCCAAUGAAUCUGUGGACCUCGUGACAUCCUACCACCUUGUACUGACGUGCGUAAAUCUCAUCUACAGCAACGUCAUUGCGGAGAAUCGAAGGGAUUUAGUCAAUACUAGCUUUUCAGGUGUACCUGGAAAUUGGAAUUCAUCGAAUUUCGAUGCAAAAUCAAUCUCGCCACUGUGCGUUAUGAAUAAAUUGUGUGAACGUGACCCCGAUACCCUCGUGGAGGCGCUACACAUCCAAAAAGUCAAGUGGAAUAGAAUAAUCAAAAGUUUCUUCGAGAAGGGUAUCCUUCACGGGGAUUCCGAGACAUUCCUCGAUCUCAUUUCAAUUGCAAAUUUUGACAACAAUUUCCGUUCAAUUGGGAAUACGUACGAGCAGUACGUGCACAGUUGCGGGGAGAUUGAUGAGACAAUCUUCCUCAAUUGCGCACAGACGGGCUCGUUGAAUUACGGUGGGAAGGUGAGGGAUGAGAAUCCGCGGGAGAAUACAUUAGAUCCGGGCACUCCGGUGACACGGAGGAAUAUGUUGCCGCCAAAGGAGAAUCUGUCGCCAAUCACGUCGGCGGCAAUGAGUGUGAAGAAGCUGAAGAAUCAACUGGGUAGUGUUGAUGCGUAUCCACAUGCCAGCCUCAGGGAUAGCUUCAAGACGUGCAGUGUGGAUCCCAUGCAGAAAAUUCUGGAGAUUCUGGGGCGGAUGGAGAGGCAAUUUACGGAGAAAUUCCCCCGUUGGCCCGUGGAUAGGCUCACGCUGACCAAGACACUCUUCUACCGUCUCCUGGAGAAUAUUGUACGCGAUGAGGAGGCAAAGAAGAAGACAAGUGCAAAGCACGUGUACAGCUCCGAGGUGAUCAUUGUACGUCUCAUGGCGAUAAGUGUGGAGAUUGUUUUACGAGCCUACAAUUGCACACACGAACUCUUUCCGUGGAUUUUGGAUUGUUUCGACUUGACGGCAUUUGAAUUUUAUGGGAUAAUUGAAUUGGUCGUGCGUGCUGGUGAGGAAUUCUUCACGCGUGAGAUUAUAAAGCAUCUCAACUUUGUGGAGGAGCAAUGCCUGGAGGAGUUGGUGUGGAAGAGUCAAUCACCAUUGUGGGGGAAACUCAUUGAUGUGGAUAAGAGUAAACUCUCAUGGCAGGCUGUUGACUUGCGUGCCUUUGCGGCGGAUGAUCUCACGGGAAUUGCACCACAUAGUGCCCCAUUAAUGCGUAUUGAUACCCAAAAUACACCCGGUUUGACCGCAGGUGGUGCAUCCACAUCACGUGUACUCAGUGGGGGUGAGUCACACAAUCGGGAAGCAGCAAUAAGGAAGCAACUCUUCCGCUCGGAUUCCGGAUCAAAUCUCGAUGUCAAUGGCAGUGCCGCAUCCACCGCUGCCACUGUGGUGGAGCAACGACAGCAAACCCCCCUGCGCGUGCUACCUGAUGCAAUGGAUGAUGCCACAAUGACACCCCGUAAGAGACAAUCUCUCGUGAUUUUCUUCCGGAAAUUCCACAAACUUGCCUUUCAUCGUAUGAAGUUCAUCUACAAUCAACUUGGGCUCAACGAUCCGAAUAAUUUGCGCAAAAUCUGGACCAUCUUUGAGCACUCCGUACUGAAUUACACGGAAUUGAUGAAGGAGAGGCAUAUGGAUCAGAUACUAAUGUGUGCCAUUUACGUAUUUAUUCGUGUCCAAAAAUUGGAUAAUACCUUCAAGGACAUCAUGCAGGCGUAUCGGCAUCAACCCCAAUCAGCAAGUCACAUCUACAGGAAUGUCUUUAUAAAGUACACGGGGAAUGGGGUGAGUGACAAUGGGGUACCGGCAGUGCAUGAAGCACCAACGCCACAGCGUCCAGCACAACCCAAUGAAUUGGCGGGUACGUCAACAUCACACGAAAAGGAGGAACGUGGGGACAUUAUUAAGUUCUACAAUGGGGUGUACGUUGUGAAAAUGCAGCAGUUUGCCAUUAAUUUUUCCACAACAGCCACGAAUCAGAUGCUCUUGUCCCCAGUUCCAAAUGCACACAGCACAAUGUGCUCACCGAGGAAGGUGUCAGAUCGAGUAUUUGUGCAGAAUCUCGAUAAUAAAGAUCACCUCAUGUCUCCAGGAUCGCAUAUUGUGUCCGUUUUUGAUAGUCCAUCAAAGUCACACGAAUUGAAUGAAAUUAAUGCACUAAUCAGUCGCAGCUGUGGGUCAAAUGGGAAGCGACCCUUCACACUUAAUGACGACGAUGGAUUCCAACCACCCACAAAAGUUCCCAAUAUGCGUAAAUUCAAAAAUCUCCUCGAUGAUCGACAGGCUGAGCUACAGAGUCAGGAUGAUCGGAAAAAGAUUUAAAAAUGAAUUUAAAAAAAAAAGUAGAUCUUUUCCAAUAUUUUUCCUUUAGAGUGAAAAAUAACAAACAAUAGAAUAUCCUUCACCCCCCUUCCUUCUUUUUAAAAACACGUGCGCGCGAAAAAAGUCGCAAAAAAACAAUAAUUUUCAAUAUUUUAAUGCAGAAUUUUUUAAAAUAGUAAAAUGAAAUAAUAAUAAAUUGUGGAAUAUUACAAAAAUAAUUUUAAAAAAAAAUGAAUGAAAAAUAGAGAGAAAACUAUCACCCAUCAUUCAUAAUGAGAAUUUUAAUUAUUUUUUUUUAGGAUGAAAAGCGAAAUUUAUUAAACUUCAUACAGAGAGAUAAAUUCAUUUUUCGACCAACCAAAAUAAUAAUUGUAUUAUUUUUAAUAAAGAUUAUUUACAUAAUUAUUUAGUGAAACGA